CGUGACGCCGUGACAAGCUUCGAACAGCUGAUUUUAAAUGACAUUUAUGAUAAACCAUCCAAACAUUAUUCAUAUUCAUAUGGCUCAAAUUAAAAAAUUGCCUUUAGGUUCUAUUUAUUUUUAGAAUGUUUGGAAUUAAUGGUUUAACUGUUGUAUAUAUAAGAUAUUCGAAUGUGUAAGCAUGGCAAGUGCAACAAAUGGUGGUGAGAGCUAUAACUUCAAAGUCGUUCUACUCGGCGAAGGAUGUGUCGGAAAAACUAGUUUAGUACUGCGUUAUGUGGAAGAUAAAUUCAAUUCAAAGCAUAUCAGUACCAUACAGGCUUCCUUCUUGAACAAGAAGAUUAACUUGGAUGGAAAUCGGGUCAACCUUGCUAUAUGGGACACUGCUGGCCAGGAAAAGUUCCAUGCUCUUGGACCUAUUUACUACAGAUCAUCUAAUGGAGCUGUGCUGGUGUACGAUAUCACAGAUGAAGAUUCGUUCCAAAAAGUAAAGAGUUGGGUAAAGGAGUUGAGAAAAAUGCUUGGUGUAGAUAUAUCUCUUGUGAUUGUUGGAAAUAAGAGUGAUUUGGAAAAAGACAGACAUGUCACCCUUGAAGAGGCCAAAGAAUACGCGGAAAAAGUGAAAGCGCUGCAUUUCCAGACAUCAGCAAAAUUGAAUGAAGGUGUAGAAGAUAUGUUCCUGGCUCUAACCCAGAAAAUGCUUGAUGAUGCCAAAAAGAAAAAAGCGCAGGAGAAUUUAUUGAUUGGUCAAAAUUCCCAAAGAACUGUCACAGUAGUGGAUGAUGAAGCUGAGACAACGAAAAGAGGCUGCUGUGGAUCAAAUUGAUCAUAUUUUAGAUUGAUGCUGAUACUGAGGAAAGGUAAAAUUACCAGGACCCUACACAACAUUUUCCAUUAAUGAUAAAACCAAUAUAUAGUAUCAGAAUUUUGAUGAAAGUUAAUUUAGGGGGAAUAUUGCUUCAUCAUUUAAAGUUACAUAAUGUGUUUUGCAAAAUUUUUAUGCUUUUAAUUUCUCAAUGGGAUUGUAAACUAAAGUAUUAUGAUUUUAAAUGUUUUCUCUUAUUACAAGUGAUAUUGUAAAUUUGCUUGGUGAUACUUCAAUAGAUUAGAUAUGAUUGUUAAUUACCAAGAACCUUGAACUUGGUAAGUCGGAGCAGUUUAUUCAUUGAUGAAUAUUGAUAGUGAUGUAUUAUUAUUUAAGAUUUUAUAUUUAUUUUUUUUUAAGAUGCAAUUGUAUAAUGCUUGGAUAUCAAUACCGAAAAUAUGUAGCUUCAUUUAGACCAACACACAUUUUGAAUUCCAUUACUCUUUGUUAUGGUUUAUCCAUUUGUUGCAAUAUUUUCUUAGAAAUAGGUUUUUGAAUUACCUUAUAUACCUACUUCGGCAGUUGUUUCAUAUGACAAUAAAAACGUGACUAUCAUUUCACGUUCAUUUUUGCUUCCUGCACCACACACAUAUGGUGGGACCACUAUGAGAUGUAGUCAGCAACUUUUCUGCUUAACCUAAUAUUUCCCGACAUAAUAACUCUAUAGUCUGUUGUUCAUGUUAAACGAGCAAAUAAAGAUGCUUCAAAAACCUACUUUGCAGUCUGGCAGUAUUCGAUUUUCGCCGCACCUGCGAUUUGCCUAAUGAAGCGUUGGAAACUCAUCAUGUGGCUGCCUUUUCGAUCCAACGCAUUUCGUUAGUUAUCAUUCUAGCAUCUUUUUCUUUAUCGAAUCUAAGUCACCAGUUACUCCGCGAUCUGAUUAGCCACUCCUCAGGCUUUGCUUACAAUAUUCUGGUGCCCCAAUUUGACUUGGAAAACUCUGCAUGUGUGGCCGCCCUUGGAUAAGGGUUCAUUUGGAAGAUAGCCAACACUAAAAUCCAUACAAAGCCCGGACAGAAGAGUACGAUGGGGAAUUGGUAUUUAGUUAGCCUUGGCCAUUUGGAAUGCACAAAACAAAAUCGCGAUACCUUAGCAACAAAAUAUAAUUUAUUAUAAGUAACAUUGCAAAGUUUCAUGUCAAUAAGCUUAAGCAUUACAAAACAAGAAAUUUUUAACGUAAAUAUGACUGCAGUGAGUGUAAAAAUGGAUAAAAUGGAAUAUCAUUAAGUACCUGUAUUUGAAUGGCUUACAGGGCAAGGAGAUGUUUCGAGGACAUGGUCAAUACCCUUCGUGAUGACUGCACUUCAUAUGUCACUGUCAAAAAUUGGGUUGCUUGCUUUAAAAGAGGAAAGUUAUUUAUUCAGGAUGAUGAGAGACCUGAAAGUUCCGUUACAGUGUAAACCUCGGAAAAUGUCGAUGUAGUUCAUGAUUUGAUAUUAUCAGACCGUACUUAUCUAAUAGGUUGCAACUUGAGCUGUGAAUGGUAAUAUUUCUCAACUUGAAGCUAUUAAAAGAGGUGCGCCCAAGGGAAGCAUUCUUUGUUCUUUACUGUUUACUUUGUAUACUGUGGAUUUGGGUGAACAUCUUGAAUUUUGUUAGGUGCGUCAAUACACGGAUGGUACUCAGACUUACUACUCGUUCAGUAAAAGUGAUCACAAUUUAAUACUAAAUAAAAGUAAGACAGAGGUAUAACAUUCGGAAGCGAAGUGGAAGUGAUCAACAAUAAUCAUCAAUUUGUGAUCAAAAUUAAUAAAAAAACUGAUUUCAAAGAAAAACUGUAAACAAUUUAGGCUCUACAUGGAUGAUUAAACUUUGGAAACAUAUUAAACAGCUACUAAAAAAAUCAUGCUGGAAUGAAAGCUCUUUACGUUCACAAACACAGUCUCACAUCAAAAGUGAAACUGAAAUUAUGUGACUCUUUGAUACCAUCUUCUUUAGCUUACGUAUUCAUCAGAAUAUGAUACAUUGGCCAAUUUAGAGAGAUGGCUUAGAUAGACAACUAUGUGAUAUAGUAGAAAAUCAUAUUUGGUUAAUGUAACAUUUGACACUUACCCUGUGGUUUUCAUGUCGAUAAUUCUCCAUUUUUGUAUGGCCAGUGAAACGACAUGUAUUUAAAAUUCUCUAAUAUAUACGAUAAGGUAUUAGCCCGAUUUUUCUAAGCCGAGGCGCCAAAAAGCUAGUGAGUCACAAAUUGAACACAUGGGAAGGCGUCUUUGUAAGUAAUGGAUCUAAUGGAUAUAUGGUCGAUUUAUUGCAAAAUGUCUCAAACUGGAGAAUAAUUAAUUAUAUGAUUUGUGUAAUUCCUAUAUUAAAUUAAGAAAUACGUGAUAAAUCACUUGGUUUAGGUACAAAAACUUAUUUUUUCAUUUGCGUUAGAACAUUAAACAAGCGGCCAUGCUCAUAUAAUGCACCACUGAAAAAUAAGGCAUGUGCACAAAUCUGAUACAAUAUCAGAUUGAUAAGUCUCCAAUUAAAUUACAUUUUAUUGAAAAUAACAGUGUCUCACUGGUGCUGUAAAAAAUCUGCUUGAUAAAUUCUUUGACAACAUAAAUUAUAGAAUGCGAAUUCUAGUUAGCUAUCCACUACACCACUACCUCUUGGUCUACUGGAUCUUUAUAUCACUAUACUUGACACAGGCAAAUGUCAAGUGAAUGUUGUCGGCGCAUGAAAUCUGUUAUAAACAAUUAGAAUAAUCUGAAAACUAUACAAGAUACAAUGCCGAAACUUUAAAUAAUAUAUUAAGAGUAUUUUGCCUAAUUUUUCAGAUGGUCAGUUCUCUACAAUUGGUUGAUAUUUGAUACUGUUUUUUCGGUUUCUGGAGUUUAUUUUCCAACAUUUUGAUGUCGCAGUGAUUUUAGUGGUACGAGAUUUUGAUAACAAUGUAUACUAUAUUAAAACUUUGGAAAAAAGGACCAGGGAAUUAUGUUUCUUCGAAAAGAAACUGGAUUACGUGACCUACUUAUUUGACAAAAUCAUGCAGUCAUCAAUAAUGCAGCCAUUUAGCACAUGUUAGAUACUAACUAGUCUAAGACAGUUUGAAACAUAAUUGUCUUCGGUUUGCGUGCUAACCUUGUAAACAGUUCAGUGCAUUUCAGUAUGAAAUUAUUUUUUUUGUAAAUGUUAAGACUCAUCUGUUUUCGUAUCUCGUCAGCUCUAAAUAUGUAUACACAAGAGUUUGAAGAAAUCUUGAAAACAUUUUUUUCUUCGCAACAAAAGGUGAUACACAGAUCCGCUCUGUUUUAAAAUGUGUAAAAUAACGUAUGUUUUUCGAAUAUCGUAGCGGAUCUGUCCAAUUACUCCCAAACACGAAAUGUUUGUAUUUGUUUACAAGAAAAAACGUAACCCUUCGAUUUUCGAAUAAAAAUAACAUUUAUCGUUCGAACUGGUUUGUGAGUCAUAUCUGCGAAGUAAGCUCGUGUUUUAAUAUUAACCCUUUGAGCGAACCUUGUAUAUUACUCAAUAAACUAGAAAUAGUGGCCGGAAGACGGGUGUUUUGGUAUAAACAAUUAGAAAUUGUCAAAAACUACUUGACCAAUCGGCCCGAAUUUUGCUGUGGUUAUUAACAAGUUUAAAACCUACCGAUGUGAGUUAUUUUAAGUAUCUGCGUGAAAAUAUGGUCCACUUACCAACAAGUACUAAAACUUGCACCGGUCAUAGCUUUUUUGCUAUUAGUCGAACCCUUUUAUAUGAUAUCUCAUUUUGUAGGUUUCUUGCAUACGUAAAAAUCGGAACAUAACUAUUGAAAUAAGACCAUUAGAAUCGAUCACUGCAAAUUGGAGGCCCAGUCACCACGUGACCGCAUGAUGACCACGUUCUAGCUGUUUAGUAGAUGUGGUCUACUUGCCAUUGAACAAAUGGCUCCGUUUUGGACCGUCCGUGCAAAGACAGCCAACCAAGGUCAGCUGUUUCGUGCUUUUUAGCUAUUCCUCAGCAUAGUCUAUGUUUGGGUCUCUCGGACAAUGAACGAAAUAACAUCAACUAUGUCGCAGUGGUCGAUUCUAGUGGUAGAUGACGCUUCGCGUUGUCUUAUUUCGAUAGAUCACACAUUUUGUACAGGAUCCGGCACAAAUUUAUUGACGGAUUCGGAUUCACAAUGAAAUAGCGUUUGUCACAACUAAGUGUGGAAAAUCACAUCAGUCAUGUGAUGACCGUUUUUGACGAUGCAUUGCUGGAGGCGUUCUUGAAAGUUCGCGUAGACUCUCUCCAACAUCGUUCUCUGAACUUGGGCGACUUCUACGCGAAUUGCCUUCUUCAAUUCGUCCAGAGUUCGGGGCUUGUGCUCAUAUACACGAGCCUUAAGGUGCCCCCCAUAGGAAAAAAUAGUAGAAGAGUACUGAGAUGUUCUGAGUACUGUUAAUUUUUAUUAAAACGGUGUGUUGUUUUUAGUUUAUUGUGAUCGAGACUAACUUUAUGGACAAUGCCUAGAAAUUGUGUAAAUAGUGCGAACAGUUUUUGUUAUGUGUGGGGAGAGCUAACUUUUAAAUCCCAAAAACGUACUUUUACUCCCCUUGUGUUGAAAGCAUACGAACUUUAUUUUGGAAUUAAAGUUGGUGACCAAGGUAAACUAUUGGCCCCUCAUAUAUGUUGUAAGACUUGUGUAACGUUGUUAACAGGUUGGUUAAGAGGCGACAAUCGUAAAAUGCCCUUUGCGGUACCAUUGGGUUUGGAGAGAACCAAGAGACCAUACUACUGAUUGCUAUUUUUGCCUCACAAAUAUUAAAGGUAUUGGACCAAAAUUGAGACAUACUGUUAAGUAUUUUGAUUUACCAUCAGCUUUGUGGCCCGUUAAGCAUAGUGAUGAACUUUCUGUCCCAGUUCCAACAGAAUCUUGGUCUUUGAAUAAAAAAGUCGAAUCCACCGAUUCUGAAAGUGAUGGUACAGAAAGCGUAAAAAUUUCCGAUCCUUCGUUUGUCCUGCCAGGAUAAUCAACAGCGCCGCAUUUGAUCACACAGGGCAAACUUAAUGACUUGGUUGAAGAAUUACAUCUGUCAAAAUCCCAGUCAGAACUUUCAGCGUCAAGAUUAAAAGGAUGGAAUCUUCUCCACGGUGAUGUUAACAUUACUUUUUACCGAAAACGGCAAAAAGACCUCACACACUGUUUCCGACAGAAAGAUGAUCCAAAUGAUUGGCGCCUGUUCAUUGAUUCCUCUAAGCUUAAUUUAAAAGCGCUAUU